AAUCCAGAAACAGAGGGAAUUCUAGUAUCCAUGGAAUACUGGAGCUGUCAUCUCACUUAUUGGCAUAAUGAAAAGAAUUAGCCAACAUUCAUAUUGGAUCUUUGCUUACUCAUCAGUUGCAACCAUAAGUUAAAUACAGAUACAAAAGUUUAGCAAAAAUCAAUGAAAGAAUUCUGCAAAAACUGAAAUGCCAUAUGGAAUUUACAACAAGGAAUAUUAUCUAUUUUAUUAUUUACGUUUGUGCAACAUAUCCUUUAUAUUAAUAAAAGUUAUUCUAGAAUGUAUGUAUGUGUAAAUGUGUGUGGGUGUGUGAAGCCUCAAAGAAAAGUGAAGCCUAGGAAUAUAUUUAAGAGCCAUCAGUAUUUAAAUGGCAGUUAAAGCCGCUUAACCAGAUAAAAUCAACUAGGAAAAGUGUGUGUAAACAAAAAUAAAGUGCAAGACCAAAUCCUGGGCAUGAAAAAUGGUAUUGCCAGUGUGGUAGAAGGAAAACAGGAGUAAAUGCUGUGCUGGAAACCAAGUAAGAAGAAGUAGUCAACUAAGUUGGACUUGGAAAAAUUGGUAACUUCAACAAGGGCACAUUUAAUGGAAUGUUGAUGUCCAAAGCCAGAUUGGAUGAAUUUAAAAUAGACAUAGCACUUUUGGCUCCCUGGUUGUCAGCAAGAACCAAGCACCUUAUGAAAGGCAGCAAAAAAGGAGCCAAGAAGAAAGUGGUUGAUCCAUUUUCAAAGAAAGGUUGGUGUGAUGUAAAAGUGCCAGCUAUGUUUAAUAUAAGAAAUAUCAGAAAAACACUAGUCACAAGAACUCAAGCAACCAAAAUCGCAUCCUAUGACCUUAAGGGUCAUGUUUUCGAAGUGAGCCUUGCUGAUCUGCAGAAUGAUGAAGUUGCAUUUAGAAAGUUCAAGCUAAUUACUGAAGAUAUUCAAGGCAAAAACUCUAAUUUCUGUGGCAUGGAUCUUACCCAUGACAAAAUGUGCUCCAUGGUCAAAAAAUGUCAGAUCAUGAUUGAAGCUCCUGUUAAUGUCAAGACUGCCAAUGGUUAUUUGCUUCAUCUCUUUUGUGUUGCUUUUACUACGAAACGCAACAUUCAGAUUUGGAAGACCUGUUAUGCUCACCACCAACAAAUCCACCAAAUUUGGAAAAAGAUGAUGGAAAUCAUGACCCAAGAGGUGCAGACAAAUGACUUGAAAAGAGUGGUCAAUAAAUUGAUUCCAGACAACAUCGGGGAUGACAUAGAAAAGAUUUGUCAGUCUAUUUAUCCACUCCAUGAUGUCUUCAUUAGAAAAGUAAAAAUGCUGACAAAACCUAACUUUGAAUUGGGAAAGCUCAUGGAGCUUCAUGAUGAAGGUAGUAGUUUUGGAAAAGCUACUGGGAGUGAGACUGGUGCUAAAGUUGAACAAGCUGAUGGAUAUGAGCCACCAGCCCAAGAAUCUGUUUAAAAUUCAGACAUUUAAUGGUGACAAAUAAAAAAUCUUAUUUGUGAUAUUUAA